GAUCAACAACCUCUAUCAGUAAUUGCAGAUGAUGGAUUUAUUGAAUUAAUGAAGAAAGCAAUUCCUAAUUGCAAACUUCCAUCCAAAAAAGCUAUAAAGAUUUUGUUGUCACAAGCAUUCACAUACACAAAGCAACAGUUUAUGGAUAAACUUUCUGAGACACUUUUUUAUACAAGACACCUUAAAAAAAUUAAUUUAACUACUGCUAAAUGGGAUACUAUUAAAGAUCUUCUCCCUAUAUUAAAACCAUUUACUGAAGCGACAAAAUUUUUAGAAGGAAGCAAUUAUUCAAUGAUUAGUUUUAUGUUUUAUAUUAUUUCAAUUUUAGCUUCUGAUCUUGCAUCAAAUGAUGAUGAUAAUUCAGUAAUGAUCGACUUUGAAUCAAAUGCAACUGCAUUUGAUGAUGAUAUUAUUUAUGAAGAUGCAGAUGAGAAAAUAGAUGAGAUAACUAAUAGAACUCGACAAAUUUGA